CGAAAAUUAUACUUCAGCUAAUACGUCACCAAUUAGAAAGAUAUUUAAUAUGGAGAGUCCUAAAAGAUUAAGCAAUGUUUUCCAAAAGAAAAAGGCAAACAGAGUAAGUGCUGAUCUUAAUAUCUUGAAUAAAUUUUCGGCACCUGGUCAUAAGCAUAGCGAAUCUGUCAUUUCAAAUCAAUAUUCAGUUACUUCGGCUGUCUCCUCAAAAUCUAGUUCUCCCAAAAAAUCAUUAAGGUCCAUAAUCAAUAAGGGUCAUCGCCAGUCACAUUCUUCAAGUGCAUCUUUCUCUCUUCCAACAAGACCCCCAUGGUCCACUACGGUAAAAUCAACUUCUCAAUCACCCAAUGAGUAUAACAACUUGGAACAUAUCGAGCAUAUAUACGACCCAAUAGACUUUUGGGAUCUUGACACCGCUCCUAGCUCGGAUAGGUCGAGAGUCAGUUCUGCUCCUAGUGCUGUCAUUGGUGAAUAUGACCGUGAAAAAUGGAGAACCUUGAAACUUUUACAAAAUCAAGAGAAAAUGUCACUUGAAAACUCUGCAUAAUACACAUACCCAAAGUCUGUGACUUACUAGCAUUUUCAGUUUCUU